GUUAUUGCAUCUCAACUGUGGUAUAACUACCCUUAAUUUCUCCCUGCUAAGCAUUCUUGUUCAACAUAUUGUGCAUUUGCAAUGGCCAAGUUCAUUCCUGUUUUAUGUGCCCUUUUGUUCCUCAUUCUUGUGAGCCAAGGGAAUGGGAAACAAUGUGAUGAAGAGUCAAGUUUUGUAAUUACACAAGCUCCAACAGGAGUGAAAGUAGGAAAUAAGCCAGAAUGGAAAGUGACAGUAAAAAAUGAUUGUUUGUGUAGUCGAGCCUCUGUUGCAUUAGGCUGCACUGGAUUUCAAACUACAGAAAAACUUAACCCUUCAAUCAUUGCUGUGGAGGGUGACAAAUGUGUAGUGAAAGUUAAUGGAGGGCUUCUUCAAGGAUACGAAUCAUUCAGUUUCACCUAUGCUUGGGAUUCCCAAUUUAAUUUCAAAUUAGUUCAAGGUUAUGUUCAAUGUUCUUAAUAUAUAUGUAAUUUCAAAGUGAUAAUUAUUGUAUUCCAGUUGGUUAUUAUCAUUAUUAACAUCAAUAAAUUGAUAUCCUAAAA